GGAGGACGGCUUCUCCUUUGACGCAAGGACGUGGACAGGAACAAUAAUGGGACUCGCCGCACUUUGUGGGGCAAUGUUGCAGAGGUUGUAAUGUAUGAAUACUGUAAGGAAUGACAAUGCCCGUACAGAGCCUGCCAGUCCGGGAUGUAUCCUUUCAUUUCCGUCUGCUCCAGCAGUAUUUGAUCCUCCUGAAAAAAUACCCGAUCCUCACGAAAUCUGUAACCAGUGGGAUCCUGUCCGCUUUAGGAAAUCUACUUUCACAGUACUUGGAAGGCAGAAAAAAGGCCAAAAGUGGAGGUCCAGUUGAUGAGAUCGAUGUGGCUGGAGCCACACGAUAUGCCAUCUUUGGGUUGAUUAUCACUGGGCCAGUGAGCCAUAUCUUUUACCAGCUGAUGGAGGUGUGGAUGCCAACCACUGACCCGCUCUGCAUCGUCAAACGACUGCUAUUGGACCGACUCAUCUUUGCCCCUGGCUUCCUGCUCCUUUUCUACCUUGUUAUGAACAUCCUGGAGGCUAAAGGCUGGGACGAUUUCCAGAAGAAGAUGAGAAAAAGUUACUGGACUGCUCUGAAGAUGAACUGGAAAGUCUGGACUCCUUUCACAUUUAUAAACAUAAACUUUGUGCCUGUUCAGUUUCGAGUGCUCUUCGCCAACAUGAUUGCCUUAUUCUGGUAUGCCUACCUUGCCACUGUGAGGAAAUGAUGCUUCUUUGAGGACUAACCAGAUGCAAGCAACUUCCAUAUAUGGCUGCAGAUUCUUUACAUGAAGUUGCACUGGUGAUUACUGGGAUACUGCUUUAAAACGCUAGAAUUAAAAAGAAUAACAGAGUAUUUUUACGCUUCGUUUUGCAGGGACCUGUAUAAAAAAAAACUCGAGAAAGUUUAAAAUUCUGACAUUUUUUACAUAAGCUGAGAUAACGAGGGGUUGUUUUUUUUGUUACCUUUAAUGAGCUUUACCUACUGAUCUGAACAAAUGAAGAAAUAAAAUACAAAAGAGA